CCCACCAUCAGUUUCGCCCACGAACCAGCCCACAUUUCAGUGCUCUUUGCCCACAUCUUUUUUUUGUUUUCCUUUUUUUCUUCACCACUUUCUUUCAUCUCCAGUUGUGAUUUUGAGGAAGGAACAAAAAGAAAACAAAAGGCAAUUAUUAAUGGAGUGCAUAGAGACGAGAGCUUUGAAGUCCAGUGCUCUGUCCCAAAUGAACGUCAAUCACAACGACGACGUUUGGUGCCUCGCCGGAAUCAACGCCGCCGUCCUCCCCUCCUCCGACGACAAUUUCCCCGUCGACGACCUCCUCAACCUCGAUUUCCACGAUAAGGACCACCUCGAAACAUGCUUUUCGAAAUCGAAGGAUGAGGAAAGCGUUUUCCUCGAAACCAAUUCUAAUCACUCCACAACAACUUUCUCCGCCGCCGGCGCCGACGAAUCCGACAGCCUCUCCGCCGCCGGUGAACUCGUCGUCCCGGCCGAUUUGGAGAAUUUGGAGUGGCUAUCACAAUUCGUCGACGACGACUCCACGGCGGGGCUCUCCCUGUUAUGCCCGGUCGGAAUUUUUCCGGCAAACGGCGGGGUAAUCCAGGGCAAAAGAGCCGAACACGUGAACCGUACGGCUCAUAAGAUUAUCGUCCCGUUUUUGCCCUCGCCGGUCCCGAGAAAACCGAGGACAAAGCUCCCGACGAGGCCAAGCGCGCGGCGGCCGUACUGGUUGUGUGGGGUCGAUAAACCGGCGGUUUCCAAGGCAGACCAGUUCAUUGGGGUCAGAAAACCGCCGGUCAAGCGGCGGAGGAAGGCGCCGGAGGAGGACGCCGGCCGGAGGUGCACCCAUUGCCAGGUCAGCAAGACGCCGCAGUGGAGGACCGGGCCGCUCGGCCCGAAAACACUGUGCAACGCCUGCGGUGUGCGGUUCAAAUCGGGCCGGCUUUUCCCGGAGUACAGGCCGGCCUGCAGCCCGAGUUUUUCCAAGGAGAUGCACUCGAACAGCCAUCGCAAGGUGCUGGAAAUGCGGCGCAAGAAGGAGGGCUGUGAAGGCGCUUGAAUUCGGGUUUGGGCGCUUCCGGGUCGGUUCGUGGUGGAUAGUCGGGUCGUUAGCUUUAGCAAUUAGCAUUGGGCUUUGAUUCUACAGUAGUGGUUGAAAAGGACAAUUUUGGUUGGUGCAUGGUAGUUUGCUUACACCAUUUUUAAAUUGUUAUUUUAAGGACGUUUUGGACUUUUUACUUUUUUUUUUAUAGCAUGUAUUUUGCUUAAAGAAAUAUACAAUGUGACGAUCUUUUAAUAAUUACAGUUUUGCUAUGCAAUCAUCGGAAGGCUCGGUUUAUGGAGCCAUCCACAUUUAUUCACCGAUAGUAUAUUGACACGUGUCCUUAGCAGUGUCAAAUGGGUCGGUCCGAUCCGGCCCGCAC